AUGAACCAUUUGAGUUUGUCUGUACCUUCUGGUCUGAAACAAUCUAUGGGAAAUGCAGAUCCACCCCUGAAGCUCCAUCAAGCGCGAGAUUACUGUGUUGUAGUGGUGGGAUCAACAUCAACAUCAACACGUCGUGGUCAAGUACGAGCAAAGCGAAGGACUGUUGGUUUUUCGUCGUUAAUACACGCUAAUUGGCGACAAAAUGGAUUCGCAGUUAUCAUCUUAUCUUUCGGAGUUUUAUCAAGAUCGUGUCUUGAGCUUUGCUUAGAAAGCUGUAGAACCGAGGGACUGCUGAGAUUCCCAAAAGGGCUCGACUCUUUCUGGGUUUUUCAAGGUCUGCAUAUUCUCCAAAAUGCCUGGUUCUUUCCCAGGUCUCUCUUUGUAGCUGUGCUAAUCGUUGCAUUUCAAAAGAAAAAUCCCAUGGAGCUUUUAGAUGACUUCUUCCCCAUAAGUGUUAAUGAUUCAGUAACUGAUGCAGAUUGUCUUCAAUCCUUGGGAAAUCAUUACUUGACAACGAGAGAGAGCACGCUUGUCCACGUUCAUGCUAGUGCCAUGACUGUGUACAUGCGUGCUCUCUACCGUUGUCAUAUGAUGGAUGCCCUAAGACAAAUUCUUCUCUGGAGCAUCUGCUGCAAAAGGGUUAUCCUGAUGAUGUUUAAAGGGGAUCUUCAGUCUCAGCAUGUAAUUUGAAAGUACGUUUCCGAUCUGUUACGAUAAUCUCGAUUAAUCCUCUUAGCAUUCUGGAAACCUAGUUCACAACUUUCAUACUGUAAUGGUAAUUACAAAGGAUUUAGUUCAAAGUUCUAUAUUAGUACAUUUAGAUGGUUGAUGCAGCAUAAGGUAUUAGCAUUUAGUGGCAAUUACACUUUUUAUGGUUCUUUCAACCCUCUGGUAUGCAUGUUUCUGUUGCUUACAUCUAGGCAAUGCUUUGUGAAUGCAUUUAGAUAAAUGUCAAGCUUUACACAUUUUCAAUCAAGGGGAAUUUGAGUAAUUACCUUAAAUCUUAGUUUGAAAUUAUAUUAUAAUAAUUGCUAUGCCUUCAGCUUCUGAAGUGCAUAUUCCUUUGUUUGUAGUGGAUCUGAGACAUAAAUUAGUUCCCAAUAAUUUGAAAGGACAUCCAUUACUAGAUUUAAGCAUGUAGCAUAGGUCUAUACCAUCUUUAAGAAGGGUGUCUCAGUGGCGUCUGUUGGACUUAAUGUGAAGUUACUACCUAAGCUACAGCCACUUCAUUGGUAAAAUCUGUGGAUAUGGUAGGACCCUACUCUGGUGUUUAAAAAUCGAUUAAUGUGAUGCAAAUAUAGUGGAAGUUGAUGCCCAACCAUUUAACCUGAGGUUUCUAGUCUCACAUUUCACCACCGAGGCAUCUUGACUGUGAUUUAUACCCUAUAUGUUGUAUUGUUCAUCUUAGGUGGGUUGAAUUUCUAUUGGUCAUUACAGGUGGCUUGAAGCAUGUUGAGAUUUUAGGAUCACAGCAGAGAGAGAGAGAGAGAGAGAGAGAGAGAGAGGGAGGGAUUUAUUCUUACUCAAAA